CCCACCACCAACCACACCACAACCCACCCCUCUCUUCUUCCCCUUCCCCUCCCCCUUCCCGUUUUGCUGUUACGUUCCCUGGAAACCAGAACCAUCGGAAUCAUCAACAACACCACACUCAUCGUUGCCUUCCAUCUUUCACAUUAAAUCAUCAUUUCCAAUAGCCAUUCAAUCGAGCGUAGCAAUCUGCACCAUCUCCAACAACGAUUCAAUCGAGGGCACCACCAGAAACGCCAGAAUCAUUCAAUCGAGGGUGGUGGUUGGAAAAGUCAUAUGGAAAAGACUGAAGAUCAUCCCAUCAAACCCUAAAUUGGUUGUAUCUCUGUGGAUCUGCACUUCGUCGAUCUGUACAAUGAACAUCGUCUCUCUUAACACUUUUGGGUAGUAGUGUCAGAGAAAUGCAUCACUCCGUCGAUCUGUAUGUCCCACCGCCAUCGUUGGUCGGAAAAUUCAUCUAGCACACUCAUCUUCUCUCAAUCUUCUUAUCAGUUCUUGUUUUGGCUGUUAGAGAAACAAGAUGCCGAUUUUGAAUCUGAACUUGCUUUCCCUCUCUCUAUCUCUCUCUCUCUCUCUCUCUCGCCCCCUCUUAUCACUUAAACUCUCAUGUAGAUCUUGCUUUCCAGUGGUUGAUUUUGAGUGGAUCUAGUUUUCGAUGGUGGUUAAUUUUCUUGGUUUUGAAUCGACCUGCUUCAGUUUGAAAUCAAUGUGUUUUGAUUUGAUUUUCUCAAAUCGAUCUGCGUUUUAUGUGAAAACGAUCAGGUGGUGGCGGAAUUAAGGUAGACGGUCGCCGGAGGUGAGAGUCAUCGGAGAAGGAGGGCAUAAGCGCGUUUGAGAGAAGGUAGACACAGGAGGCGGAUGGUCAACCGUGGUAGAGAUGCAACGAAAUGGAUUAAAAUCUUAUUUCAGGUACUUGUUUUGCAGUUACAAGAAAGUUGAGGGUCUAAACUGAAGUGCACAUGAAAGCUUUCCCCAAAAAAGGGUUUUGGGGGUUUUUCCGGUUUCCAUACCCCGUCGCCUCUCUUUCCAUUGCCGAUUUGCCUCCAUCGUUUCUCAAGAUUUUACACAAUGGUUCUAUCAAACAAGAAGCUAAAGGAAAAGCUACGAGCCCAACUCACCGAAGCCUUAGCCAAAUCAGAGUCUCAAGCAAACCAAUCCAAUCUCAACGACUCGCAAACCCCUCAGUCAUUCAAAUCUCUCCUGAAUUUGGUAACCCAAAAACCUAAACUAUCCAAACGGGAAAAACGCAGAGUUACAGUACCAUCAAAUCAUGAAAAUGAUGAUGAAAAGAAAGAAAGUGAAGAGGGUGGUAACGGAUUGAAGACAAAUAAGAAGAGGAAGAGAGAAAAAGAUGGAGUUGAGGCGAAGGAAGAAAAUGAGGCGAAAGAUUUGAGCGAGAAUAAAAAUAGUAAAAAGAAGAACAAGAAGAAAAAGAAUAAGAAAAAGAAGGUGGUCGUGAAGGAAGAAUCAGGUCUGCAAAAAGCAAAUGCUGUAAGUGAAGAACAAAAACAAGAACAAGAACAAGCUGUUGCAGAGCCAAUUCAAAUACAUACCAGUAAAGAAGAUGCAAGUAUUUCUACAAAGAUUUAUGUCGGAGGCAUUCCAUACUACUCAACAGUGGAUGAUAUUCGUAGUUUUUUUGAAGGUUGUGGAAGCAUUACUGAAAUAGAUUGUCUAAAAUUUCCCGAAACUGGCAAGUUCAAUGGGAUUGCAAUGAUAAGUUUUCGGACUGAAGCUGCAUCAAAGAGAGCAUUAGCACUUGAUGGAUCUGAUAUGGGUGGACUAUCUCUAAAGGUUCAACCAUACAAGGCAACCAGAGAUAAAAAAGUUUCCGACUUUGCCCCUGCAAUGUUGGAAGGCUACAACAGGAUCUAUGCAGGAAAUCUGUCAUGGGAUAUGACAGAAGAUGAAUUAAAGAAAUUCUUCUCAGAUUGCAGUAUAUCUUCUAUUCGACUUGGAAAAGAUAAAGAAACAGGGGAAUUCAAAGGUUUUGCUCAUGUUGACUUUUCAGAUAGUCUUUCUUUGACAAUGGCAUUGAAACUGGAUCAAAAACCUCUUUUUGGAAGACCUGUGAGAAUCAGAUGUGCAGUUCCACCAAAAUCAGUAAACCCUAGUUCAAAUCCGGACCCCACUUUUGGUAAAAAUGAAGUCAAUGGUAAGUUGACCCAUUCUGAUGUUACUGAUGAUGCUGCCCGAAAGGUAAAGAGGCAAACUUGCUAUGAGUGUGGUGAAAAGGGUCAUCUUUCUUCAUCCUGCCCGAAAAAGCAAGCUGCUGACGUGGCAAAAUCGGGCAGGGAAACUUUUGCUUCUGUGGAUAGCCAAAAGGUUGAUGAUAAAGUGAUUGAGUUUGUUCGUGAUGCUGCUUUAAAGUGGAGAACAUGUUAUGAAUGUGGUGAAAGGGGACACCUGUCAUUAGCCUGCCCGAAAAGACAGGUUGCUGACGUGGCAAACUCGGGCAGGGAAUCUUUUGGUUCUGUGGUGGUUGUGGAUAAUGAUGUUUCUGAUAGUAAGCUAAAGAGAAGAACCUGUUAUGAAUGUGGUGAAAGGGGACAUCUCUCGUCAGCCUGCCCGAAAAAGCAAGAUGCUGAUGUGGCAAACUCGGGCAGGGAAGGUUUUGAUGUCAAAGAGGUUGUUGAUGAGAAAAUGAUUCAACCUGUUAGUGAUGGAAAGCUAAGGAGGAGAACAUGCUAUGAAUGUGGUGAAAGAGGGCAUUUGUCAUCUUUAUGUCCAAAGAAAGUAGUUGCUGAUGUGGCUGAUGACAUGGAGGUUGAGAAAGCUGAGGUGGCUGUUGGUAAAGAAGUUGUUGAUAAUGUGGUGAGUGAAGGUAAGCUAAGGAGGAGGACAUGUUAUGAAUGUGGUGAAAGGGGUCAUUUGUCAUCUUUAUGCCCAAAGAAACAAGCUGCUGACGUGGCGAAUGUGAGGAAGGAACCUGAUGACGUGGAAGUUGAAGCUGUAAAAACUACAGUGGCUGACGUGAAGCUGAUACUUCAACUUAAUCAAGUUUUUUCAUGACAAUCUUUUGUGGCUACCAAGGAAUAGAAAUUUUGAUAGAAGUGAAGUUGGGCAUAUUGGCAUGAACUUAUAUGCUACUACAUUUUUCAUAAUUAUAAGUAAAAGGAAACAAUUUUUUUUUUCUUGUCAUUAUGUUUAAUUUAUUUGUUGUACAAUUGGACUGGUAGAUUUGUUUGGUUAUGUAUUUGGUGUCAUGUGGUCGUGUAAGAAGCCUUGAUGAUUCUUGCUUAUAAACAAAUGGGUUCUUG